GAGAAAUGAGUGUUGGACGUCGAAGAAUAAAGUUGUUGGGUAUCCUGAUGAUGGCAAAUGUCUUUAUUUAUUUGAUUGUGGAAGUCUCCAAAAGCAGUAGCCAAGAAAAAAAUGGAAAGGGGGAGGUAAUAAUACCCAAAGAAAAGUUCUGGAAGAUAUCUAGCCCUCCCCAGGCAUACUGGAACAGAGAACAAGAGAAGCUAAACAAGAGGUACAACCCCAUCUUGAGCAUGCUGGCCAACCAGACAGGAGAUGCAUAUGGGCCUUCCAACAUAAGCCAUCUGAAUUACUGUGAACCUGACCUGAGAGUCAUGUCAGUUGUGACAGAUUUUAACAAUUUGCCGGACAGAUUUAAAGACUUUCUUCUGUACUUGAGAUGUCGAAAUUAUUCAAUGCUUAUAGAUCAACCAAAUAAAUGUGCAAAGAAACCCUUCUUACUGCUGGCGAUAAAGUCCCUUACGCCACACUUUGCCAGAAGGCAAGCAAUUCGGGAGUCCUGGGGCAGAGAAAGCAAUGUGGGAAACCAGACAGUGGUGCGAGUGUUCUUGCUGGGUCAGACCCCUCCUGAGGACAACCACCCUGACCUUUCAGAUAUGCUGAGAUUUGAGAGUGAGAAGCACCAGGACAUUCUGAUGUGGAACUACAGAGAUACCUUCUUCAACCUGUCUCUGAAGGAGGUGCUGUUUCUCAGGUGGGUGAGCACCUCCUGCCCUGACGCUGAGUUCGUUUUCAAGGGUGACGACGACGUUUUUGUGAAUACUCAUCACAUCCUGAAUUACUUGAAUAGCUUAUCUAAGAAUAAAGCCAAAGAUUUGUUUAUAGGUGAUGUGAUCCACAAUGCUGGACCUCAUCGGGAUAAGAAACUGAAGUACUACAUCCCAGAAGUCGUUUACUCCGGAGUCUACCCACCGUACGCAGGGGGAGGCGGAUUCCUCUACUCCGGCCACUUGGCCCUGAGGCUGUACAGUAUAACUGACCGGGUCCAUCUCUACCCCAUUGAUGAUGUUUAUACUGGAAUGUGCCUUCAGAAACUCGGCCUCGUUCCAGAGAAGCACAAAGGCUUCAGGACAUUUGAUAUCGAGGAGAAAAUCAGGAAUAAUAUUUGUUCCUAUGUAGAUCUGAUGUUAGUACACAGUAGAAAACCUCAGGAGAUGAUUGAUAUUUGGUCACGGUUACAAAAUGCUCAUUUAAAAUGCUAAAAUAUAUAAGAGCUAAAUUUUGCACAGAAAGGUGUAUCUUGACUAGUUCCCAAGUUGCGUUCUCACAUUAGGGUGAUUUCUAUGUGACAACAUCAGAAUUGCCUUCUUAAGUAGCCCUUCGAUUUGGUACUUUUGUGAUGAGGGAAGACAGGAGAUGGUAAAUUUUAUGGCAAAUGUGGUAGGAAGGUCGGUUCUGACCCUUCCUCCCAGCUGGUGGCCAUUAUUUUUCUAAUUUGUCCCCUUUCUCGUCUGAAAUCAUAAGUGUCUAGAAUUUGACUUUUUUUUAACUUACUUUUCAUUUUGCCCUUCUACGUAAUGCUCCUGCUUUCAUUGUGAUGACUGAUUUACCUGUAAUCUGGGGGUUUAUGAACCUAUUGGCUACUGAGAUUAUGUUCCACAUUUUCAGUGACUUCUGUGCAAUGGAAUUGCAUUUAUUUUCAGGAGAUUUGGAUACGUUUUUUAAAUUGCCUAGAAAAUGGACUUCUGUGAAAAUUCUCUGCCACCCCAACAGUAUUCUCUUAUGUUCAUAUAAUCAGUUAAUUUUGCAAAGAGAGAAUCACUGUGUAACAAAUCCAGUGUGUCUUGCGGUCUUAAGUCAUAAGGAGAGAGAUGGUUUGAUUUUUCUUAAAUGGGUAGUAUCAUCAUAGUUAUCUAAUUUUAGUAUUUUGAAAAUUCAUGAGUAUGGCUCCAUAAUGGCUAACUGAAGGUUGACCUGCCCCUGGCAGCCACAUGGGUUAAAGAAUUUUCAAUGUGGACCAAGAAAGCAUAUGUGAUUUUUGAACUUGAAUUGUAAAGAUUGAAGUUACAGACGUUUUCUUAAGCGGUUUGUCAAUUUAAAACUCCAGGAUUUUAUUCUUGCCGUAUUUUCAUAUGUUGCUCUCACAAAUUAUUAUUCUGAGUAGUGAUUGCUUCUCUGCCUCAGUGUAGAAGUGCCUGUGUUUUUAUUUAUUGUUCAGAUCAAAGACCAAAACAUUUUCUUAAAUAUAUUUUGUGUAAUAUUUUAUUUGUAUACGGUGUUGUUGAUGAAAUAUUUAACUAGAGCAUGAUAUUUUAAAUGUUAAGGUGUAACAUGUUAAAUAAAACUGUUAUUUUUGAAUUUUAAAAUUUGUUGUUUGCGGUAAGGAUUUACUAGAGUUAAUAAAAUUCUGCCAAACUAUUGCUUAAUUGUACUAUCUUGUAACAAGCUUUCUUGAAAUAUUUUUGUUUGUAGAGAUGAGGAUUCUUACCAGAUGCAAUCCAAGGGCCUGUUAAAAAGUGGAAAUAAAAAUCACUGUAUUUUUAAUUGUCAUUUGUAAUAAUCUGUCUGUUUUGUUUUUGUAUAUUUGAUUACAUUUUUUUCCGAAGAGAUCAUUUUCCUCAGGGACCAGUACAGUAACUUUGAACUAUAAAUCUUUCUCUGUUUCAGUAGGUCAUCUCUCUUUGCAU